UCAACGAAAAAGCCAACUGAUUCAAAUUCCACAACAAUUAAGUCAAGUACUCCAAAUUCAACCACCUUGAAGCCGACUAAUAGAAGUUCUCAAAAGCCAUCAACACUGAAGACAAUUGGGCCAAGUAAUACAACAAGUAAGCUAAGCACCCAAAAGCUUUCAACGAUGAAGCCAACUGAGCCAAGUACUUCAAUAAUUAAGCAAAGUUCUACGAAGCAUUCCACGCUGAAGCCAACUCAAACAAAUAUAACAACAAAUAAGCCAAGCACCCAAAAGUCGACAACUUUCAAUCCAACUGUAGCAAGUUUUACAACAAAUAAACCAAGUUCUCAAAAGGCAACAUCGCCGAAGCCAACUGAGCCAAGUAAAACAACAACAAAGACAAGCACCCAAAAGCCUUCAACCAUAAAGCCAACUGAUUCAAGUUCUACAACAACUAAGUCAAGUACUCUGAAGUCAACCACCUUGAAGCCGACUCAAAGAAGUUCUCAAAAGCCAUCAACACUGAAGCCAAUUGGGUCAAGUAAAACAACAAUUAAGCUAAGCACCCAAAAGCUUUCAACGAUGAAGCCAACUAAACCAAGUACAUCAACAAUUAAGUCAAGUUCUACGAAGCAUUCCACGCUGAAACCAACUCAAACAAAUAGAACAACAACUAAGCCCAUCACCCAAAAGUCGACAUCGUUCAAACCAACUGUAGCAAGUUUUACAACAAAUAAACCAAGUUCUCAAAAGGCAACAACGCUGAAGGCAACUGAGCCAAGUAAAACAACAAAAAAGACAAGCACCCAAAAGCCUACAACCAUAAAGCCAACUGAUUCAAGUUCUACUACAACAAAGUCAAGUACUCCGAAGUCAAUAACUCUGAACCCAACUCAAACAAGCAAACCAACAAAUAAGCCGAGCACCCAAAAGCCUUCAACGAAAAAGCCAACUGAUUCAAGUUCCACAACAAUUAAGUCAAGUACUCCAAAUUCAACCACCUUGAAGCCGACUAAUAGAAGUUCUCGAAAGCCAUCAACACUGAAGACAAUUGGGCCAAGUAAUACAACAAGUAAGCUAAGCACCCAAAAGCUUUCAACGAUGAAGCCAACUGAGCCAAGUACUUCAAUAAUUAAGCAAAGUUCUACGAAGCAUUCCACGCUGAAGCCAACUCAAACAAAUAUAACAACAAAUAAGCCAAGCACCCAAAAGUCGACAACUUUCAAUCCAACUUUAGCAAGUUUUACAACAAAUAAACCAAGUUCUCAAAAGGCAACAACGCCGAAGCCAACUGAGCCAAGUAAAUCAACAACAAAGACAAGCGCCCAAAAGCCUUCAACCAUAAAGCCAACUGAUUCAAGUUCUACAACAACUAAGUCAAGUACUCCGAAGUCAAUCACGCAGAGCCCAACUCAAAAAAGCAAACCAACGAAUAAGCCAAGCACCCAAAAGCCUUCAACGAAAAAGCCAACUGAUUCACGUUCCACAACUAUCAAGUCAAGUUCUCCGAAUUUAACCACCUUGAAGCCGACUCAAAGAAGUUCUCAAAAGCCAUCAACACUGAAGCCAAUUGGGCCAAGUAAAACAACAACUAAGCUAAGCACCCAAAAGCUUUCAACGAUGAAGCCAACUGAGCCAAGUACUUCAAUAAUUAAGCAAAGUUCUACGAAGCAUUCCACGCUGAAGCCAACUCAAACAAAUAUAACAACAAAUAAGCCAAGCACCCAAAAGUCGACAACGUUCAAUCCAACUGUAGCAAGUUUUACAACAAAUAAACCAAGUUCUCAAAAGGCAACAUCUCUGAAUCCAACUGAGCCAAGUAGAACAACAACAAAGACAAGCACCCAAAAGCCUUCAACCAUAAAGCCAACUGAUUCAAGUUCUACAACAACUAAGUCAAGUACUCUGAAGUCAACCACCUUGAAGCCGACUCAAAGAAGUUCUCAAAAGCCAUCAACACUAAAGCCAAUUGGGUCAAGUAAAACAACAGCUAAGCUAAGUACCCAAAAGCUUUCAACGAUGAAGCCAACUAAACCAAGUACAUCAGCAAUUAAGUCAAGUUCUACGAAGCAUUCCACGCUGAAGCCAACUCAAACAAAUAGAACAACAAAUAAGCCAAGCACCCAAAAGUCGACAUCGUUCAAACCAACUGUAGCAAGUAUUACAUCAAAUAAACCAAGUUCUCAAAAGCCAACAACCCUGAAGGCAACUGAGCGAAGUAAAACAACAAAAAAGACAAGCACCCAAAAGCCUUCAACCAUAAAGCCAACUGAUUCAAGUUCUACAACAACUAAGUCAAGUACUCCGAAGUCAAUCACGCUGAACCCAACUCAAACAAGCAAACCAACAAAUAAGCCAAGCACCCAAAAGCCUUUAACGAAAAAGCCAACUGAUUCAAGUUCUACAACUAUUAAGUCAAAUACUCCGAAGUCAACCACCUUGAAGCCGACUCAAAGAAGUUCUCAAAAGCCAUCAACACUGAAGCCAAUUGGGCCAAGUAAAACAACAACUAAGCUAAGCACCCAAAAGGUUUCAACGAUGAAGCCAACUGAGCCAAGUACUUCAACAAUUAAGCAAAGUUCUACGGAGCAUUCUACGCUGAAGCCAUCUCAAACAAAUAUAACAACAAAUAAACCAAGCACCCAAAAGUCGCCAACGUUCAAACCAACUGUAGCAAGUAUUACAACAAAUAAACCAAGUUCUCAAAAGCCAACAACGCUGAAGGCAACUGGGCCAAGUAAAAUAACAAAAAAGACAAGCACUCAGAAGCCUUCAACGAUAAAGCCAACUGAUUCAAGUUCUACAACAAUUAACUCAAGUACUUCGAAGUCAACCACCUUGAAGCCGACUCAAAGAAGUUCUCAAAAGCCAUCAACACUGAAGCCGAUUGGGCCAAGUAAAACAACAGCUAAGCUAAGCACCCAAAAGCUUUCAACGAUGAAGCCAACUGAGCCAAGUACUUCAAUAAUUAAGCAAAGUUCUACGAAGCAUUCCACUCUGAAGCCAACUCAAACAAAUAUAACAACAAAUAAGCCAAGCACCCAAAAGUCGACAACGUUCAAUCCAACUGUAGCAAGUUUUACAACAAAUAAACCAAGUUCUCAAAAGGCAACAUCGCUGAAGCCAACUGAGCCAAGUAAAACAACAACAAAGACAAGCACCCAAAAGCCUUCAACGAUAAAGCCAACUGAUUCAAGUUCUACAACAACUAAGUCAAGUACUCCGAAGUCAAUCACGCUGAACCCAACUCAAACAAGCAAACCAACAAAUGAGCCAAGCACCCAAAAGCCUUCAACGAAAAAGCCAACUGAUUCAAGUUCCACAACAAUUAACUCAAGUACUUCGAAGUCAACCACCUUGAAGCCGACUCAAAGAAGUUCUCAAAAGCCAUCAACACUGAAGCCAAUUGGGCCAAGUAAAACAACAGCUAAGCUAAGCACCCAAAAGCUUUCAACGAUGAAGCCAACUGAGCCAAGUACUUCAAUAAUUAAGCAAAGUUCUACGAAGCAUUCCACGCUGAAGCCAACUCAAACAAAUAUAGCAACAAAUAAGCCAAGCACCCAAAAGUCGACAACGUUCAAUCCAACUGUAGCAAGUUUUACAACAAAUAAACCAAGUUCUCAAAAGGCAACAUCGCUGAAGCCAACUGAGCCAAGUAAAACAACAACAAAGACAAGAACCCAAAAGCCUUCAACCAUAAAGCCAACUGAUUCAAGUUCUACAACAACUAAGUCAAGUACUCCAAAGUCAAUCACGCUGAACCCAACUCAAACAAGCAAACCAACAAAUAAGCCAAGCACCCAAAAGCCUUCAACGAAAAAGCCGACUGAUUCAAGUUCUACAACAAUUAAGUCAAGUACUCCGAAUUUAACCACCUUGAAGCCGACUAAUAGAAGUUCUCAAAAGCCAUCAACACUGAAGCCAACUGAGCGAAGUAAAACAACAACAAAGACAAGCACCCAAAAGCCUUCAACGAUAAAACCAACUGAUUCAAGUUCUACAAUAAUUAAGACAAGUACUCCGAAGUCUACCACCUUCAAGCCGACUCAAAGAAGUUCUCAAAAGCCAUCAACACUGAAGCCAAUUGGGCCGAGUAAAACAACAGCUAAGCUAAGCACCCAAAAGCUUUCAACGAUUAAGCCAUCUGAACCUAGUACUUCAACAACUAUGCCAAGUUCUACGAAGCAUUCCUCGCAGAAGCCAACUCAAACAAAAAGAACAACAAAUAAGCCAAGCACCCAAAAGUCGACAACGUUCAAACAAACUGUAGCAAGUAUUACAACAAAUAAACCAAGUUCUCAAAGGCCAAGAACGCCAAAGCCAAGUGAGCCAAGUAAAACAACAAAAAAGCCAAGCACCAAAAAGCCUUCAACUGAUUCAAGUUCUACAACAAUUAAGUUAAGUGCUCCGAAGUCAACCACGCUGAAGCCAACUCAAACAAUCAGAACAACAAAUAUUCCAAGCACUCAAAAGUCUACAACGUUCAUGCCAUCAACUUUACCACCUUUUAAUGUUUUUUAGGUGGGACUUCGCGCGAAUCGACCGCUCUUAAGAUCCACUUGUGUGCUGUCUAUCAAAAAUGUAACUUGACCGAAAUCUCGAAAACUUUAUUUGAGUUGUACUUAAAUACAAGUAUUCUAAGUUAAUUUUAAAACAGCUUUGUUUUUCUUAUAGAUAUUAUUAAAAUGGUUAAAAAACUGAAUUAAUAUAUGGUUCACACGUU